AUGCACGAUGAUCUACUAUUCCAGCUGGCUGCUUUACUGGCUUCAAGAUCUGCUGGCGACUACGGAUUUCAUAUUGCGACUCGACCUGUGCUGACAUGGUUACGUUACAACGUGCCGGGAGCACUGAAAGCCGAGCUAGCAAAAAACGAGCGUUCUACAGAAUCGUUGAUUGGUGUUGUCGCAUUGCUCACAGGCUGGGAAAGGGCUUACGGCGAGGCUGGUGCAUUUAGCAUGCACUUACAAGCGCUGCGCAGAAUUGUAAAGCAGUCAGACAGGCCAUUGUACGACGUCCAGGUACCGAAGAAGGUGGCCGUCAUGCCACCCGCUUUGGACGCAAGUCAUCUGCCGGCGGGGUUUGCUAUGCUUUAUACUCAACGCUUACUGCCUGCCGAGCUCAUAUCAAGAUGUGCUGCCGUAGCCUCAGCCCGGGUGGGUGACGCUGAUAUGUAUGACAAGCUGUGGAGAACAUCCUUGAUAACCACGGGCUUGGGCCCGAGCAGCGACGCCGCCGCUGAAGCAUUUGACGGCGGCCAUAUCACUGCGCAGAUUGCGAAGCACGUCAGACUGGCCUCGCUGAUGUGCAUGACAUUUCUCUUAAUCUCCGGGCGACAAGAGAGGUUCCAUCAACCAUUGAUGGAGGGAUUCGAGCCGGCUCUUGCUGAUACUGUCCACCUGCCCUCGGACACGCUUACGGGUACCAUCUACGACGACGUACUUCUAUGGAGUCUAUGCGUCUUCUACUUGGCAGCUGGACGGCUGCCUGUACGACAACUACUUGCAUUCCGAGACCUGCUGCAUAAGUUCGGCAUCCCAGUCAAAACCCAGUCCUGGCUCCAGCUGCGAGAUCUUAUGCGCCUUUAUCUAUAUAACAGUGCCUUCGACGAGCGGUUACAAUGGGUCAUGGGACUGGAGGAGGCGGCGAAUUCGAGCCAAGGCGCAAAAAGGUAG